AAUAAAAAAGAAAAUGAGGAAAAAAGAAGCUAAUUAACUGAUUCCUACAUUUCAAUUGCAAAAUUCAUCUUUUCAAUUUCCCCCCUCUCUUCUGUGAAAACCCUAAAUUGCAGUUCACUCACCGUAAACCCUAUCAAUGGACGGGCAUUCGUCGCAUUUAACUGCGCCGGUCCGGUCACGGAGCUCCCAAUCGCCGUCGCCCUCCCACUCGGCUUCCGCCUCCGCGACGUCGUCAAUCCACAAGCGCAAACUCCAGCCCGACGACCACGCGCUGCCGUUCCCCCCUUCUUUCUCCGACACGCGCGACGGCGCGCUCACUUCCAACGAUGACCUGGAGAGCAUCAGCGUCCGCGGCGCCGACUCCGACUCCGACGACGAGUCCGAGGAAGUGGUGGACGAUGAGGAGGAGGAGUACGAUAACUCCAUGCGCAAUUUCACCUCUUCUCGGCUGGAGAACACCAAUGCUGGUGGGCCCCCCACCGCAAGGAACACCAAGAUCAAAGCUGAGAAUUCGGUGAAGGUUGAACCUGCUGACGUGUCGAAAGAUGGUAAUACUAAUACCAAUAAUUCAGGCGCUCCCGUGGCGACGGGUGGCAACGGUUCGAUUCCGGGCAUUGUGGUGAAGGAGGAUACAGUGAAGAGUAUUUUUACCGAUAAUAUACAAACUAGCGGGGCUUACAGUGCCAGAGAGGAGAGCUUGAAGAGAGAAGAAGAAGCAGGAAGACUGAGAUUUGUAUGUGCUUCAAAUGAUGGUAUUGAUGAACACAUGGUCUGGUUGAUAGGAUUGAAGAACAUCUUUGCCAGACAACUUCCUAAUAUGCCAAGAGAAUACAUUGUUCGUCUUGUAAUGGACAGAAACCACAAGUCUGUGAUGGUUGUCAGACGGAAUCUGGUUGUUGGUGGUAUUACGUAUCGCCCCUACCUUAGCCAAAAAUUUGGGGAGAUAGCUUUUUGUGCAAUCACAGCAGAUGAGCAAGUUAAAGGCUAUGGCACCAGACUUAUGAAUCAUUUAAAGCAACAUGCACGUGAUGUCGACGGCCUAACGCAUUUCCUCACAUACGCUGAUAAUAAUGCUGUGGGUUACUUUGUCAAGCAGGGUUUCACAAAAGAAAUUUACUUGGAGAGAGACCGAUGGCAUGGCUAUAUUAAAGAUUACGAUGGUGGGAUUCUUAUGGAGUGCAGAAUUGACCCAAAGCUUCCGUUUACUGAUAUAUCAACUAUGAUACGCCGUCAGAGGCAGGCAAUCGAUGAAAAGAUUAGAGAGCUCUCAAAUUGUCACAUUGUUUACCCUGGAAUCGAUUUUCAGAAGAAGGAAGCUGGCAUUCCCAAAAAAACCAUCAAGGUGGAGGAUAUACCUGGCUUGAGAGAGGCUGGCUGGACGACUGAACAGUAUGGUCAUUCUCGAUUUAAAACAGUAACCUUGUCAACAGAUGCUACCUCACAUCAGAAAUCAUUGACUGCGUUCAUGCGCUCACUUAUAAAGGCAAUGCAUGACCAUCCCGAUGCUUGGCCAUUCAAGGAACCUGUUGAUGCACGGGAUGUCCCUGAUUACUAUGAAAUCAUUAAAGAUCCAAUGGACCUAAAAACAAUGUCAAAGCGGGUAGAGUCGGAGCAGUACUAUGUGACAUUUGAGAUGUUUGUGGCUGAUGUUCGGAGAAUGUUUUCCAAUGCGCGUACCUACAACUCUCCAGACACCAUCUAUUACAAAUGUUCAACCAGGUUGGAAGGACAUUUCUCAAACAAAGUUCAAGCUGGUCUUCAAUCUGGUAUCAAGAUUCAGCCAUAAUCGGAUCUCGUUUUGCUUCCUUGGGUUUGGAUUCGACGAUCUCUUUGGGUGGGAUAGAUAAAAGUGUAAAUUGUAUGGUAAAAAUUGAGUAGAUAGAUAUAUGUUACAGGUUAGUUUUGUUUACUAGUAAUCCAUUUUAGUUUUAGAGGAGCAUAGUUUUUUUUAUAGAGCAAUGAUGCAAUCAAUACUCCAGGUGUUUGAAUUCGCUUAGGCAACAUAUCAAAAUGCAUGUAUUGUGAAAGGGCUGCUAUUUGCCGGACC